AUUGACACCAGAAAGUUGCUGCUCUUGUUGAUCAAUUGCCUCUCGGGUUGCAUGAGAAGUAUCUUUUUUGUUUGAGGUAAUAUAUUACCUUCAAACUGUAGGAAGUUGCUUAGAAUAAUAAGUCUGUCCAGUCCAGUAAGCUUUUCUACCAGCUUGGUUGACCAAACAAUUCAGGUAGCAAAUGCCAUGAACAACUUGAUCGCAUUCUUAUUGUUUACUAUUUGUGAUAUGCAGUCCAGUUGACAUGGAUGAUGAGAUUUCAGCACGGGGUCUAACACAUUUUGCAGAAAAUUAUGCUAAGAAAGGCAUUGUUCGGCUUCGAGAAAUAUUUACACCAGGCACACGUCAAGUGCCAAAGACACACAAUAAAAUGAAGGAGCUUGAAUCCAUUCACCAGGUGCUGGAUCUCUAUAUUUGCUUGGGUUUUCGAUUUGAAGAUUCUUUCCCUGACCACGAGCUGGCAUCUUCGCAAAAGGCAGCGUGCAGCAUGUUAAUCGAAGAUUUCCUAGAAAGACUAGGUUGCUGGCCGAAGCCAAAUGCAAGAAAGUUAUCUAAACGCUCUAGCUUAAACUCUCUUUUCUCCAAUGACACCUACAAGAGAAGGGCACUGGGAAGACGUGGGAGAGAACUGUGAAAUUCUUAUGUAUUCAGUUUUAGAAUUCUUGGGAACAAUUUUGUUUUCCAAAAAAAAAAAAGUGGAACAACCUU